UUCUUUUUUUUUUUUUUUUUUUUCAUAUUCAUUUUGCUCUUCUCGUUGAAAAUUUUCAACAUCACGUGAUAAUAUAACUAGGCAACACGAAGAACACUGGGGAAUGUGACUCACGGUUUCCUCAGCCUUCUCAACGCCGGUAUCGAUGGCCUGUAGAGUAGUUUGGAGGUCAUCGUCAAUAAGAUCUACUUGAUCUUCACGGAAUAUGGGGAUGGGUUGUUUGGAGGUGAGUUUCUUUGGACGCGUCGAGCGCAUCAUCCCCCCGAGCCUUGACAUAACUCUGGGGCGAAAAUAUCCGGUCGGUCAUAAGCAACAGGCCCUAAAAAGGGUAUCAAUCAAUAGGCCAGCUCAUGCAAAGUCGCAUAGAGGUAUUUCCAGCGCGAUCGAGCGACGUGGUGGUCAGAUAAAGCAGUUGGCAAUGCCGUGGCAAAACAGUGGUUUCUUGGGUUGACGUUGGUUUGACACUAACAACGGCCUGUUUUGGGCAUCCAGACAGCCUCAGGGGCCCGCUUAAAUUCCCCAAUGCGGCUAGUGCGGGGACAGUCAAUAUCAAAAUGCCUCAGAACGGCAGAGCCUUCCUAUUAUGGUUUAGUGCUACUUACGUCAUCUUUAUCCUUUCUGGUUGAUUGAACGGAAAGUGACUUCAAUGUUGGAUUUUUUGAUAAGUUACAACUACAACUACUACAAGAAUACAAUUCACUUAUCGCGUUAUAUAAAUGCCGUUCUUAAGAUAAUAGCCAGUCUUGUGCUCUUCGACUUGCACUUAUUAUACCUCAUGAUUUAGAUUUCAGACCUUUCAAUUCCCAUUUCCCCGCAUAUAAUCCUUCCUUUGGCUCCUCCCACCUUCACCAUGGCCGCAGAACCUAAUAACGCAGCCAUGUAUGACGCAAGGCGCAGACAGAAGACCUCAGGCUCGGAGGUCCUAGAUAGCAUAGUGUCAGCUUCCAAUUUCAAUCGGGAUGAGGUCGACAGACUACGGAAACGGUUUAUGAAACUUGAUAAGGAUAAUUCCGGCACGAUUGAGCGUGAUGAGUUCCUUUCCCUUCCACAAGUCUCCUCGAACCCUCUUGCGACACGAAUGAUUGCCAUUUUCGAUGAAGAUGGAGGUGGCGAUGUGGACUUCCAAGAAUUCGUCUCGGGACUAUCAGCCUUCAGUUCAAAGGGUAAUAAAGAGGAGAAGCUGCGUUUUGCUUUUAAAGUCUACGAUAUCGACCGCGACGGUUACAUUUCGAACGGGGAGCUGUUUAUUGUCUUGAAGAUGAUGGUUGGGAGCAACUUGAAGGAUAUGCAGCUGCAGCAGAUCGUGGAUAAGACGAUUAUGGAGGCUGAUAAAGAUGGCGAUGGGAAGAUUAGUUUCGAGGAAUUUACGCGCAUGGUGGAGAAUACGGAUGUCAGCAUGAGCAUGACCUUGGAUCAAUUCUGAGCAUACAUUUGUCAAACUUCACUCCGUCUUUUUUACAAUCUUGAUUCCCUCCUAUUAAUUUGAUUAACGCCCAUUUACGAACUAUUAUUUCUUUCCGUCUGCCUUCCCUUUUAUCCUUGCAAACCCGGCCAGUGGCUUUGUUUUCUAGAAAUCGGGAGCCUAAGGCUCGAGCCGCCAAUAAAUUUACGAUCACCUUCUCUGCCCAUUAAGCCCACUACCUAGAAUCACAUAGCACAGCCCAUGCCAUCUAAACCUGGUGAAAUCACUUAUAUAGCUGACAGGUGACUCGCUGAACAUCUUCAAUCGGGAACUAUAAUACAUACCGGACCGGACUCCUUCGCGUUUCUCACUGCUGCAUCCCCUUGUGCGAACUUAAAAAAGCUUAUCCGGCCGGUAUCCGGCGCCAUGUCUUGUCAGCCACAUUUAAGAUUAUCGGUUGUUGAACUGGCAUUCAUGUUAAUGUGGAAGCAUGUGUUAAGUUAACCGACGAACGUCGAAUAAAUAGCUUUUGAACUCAGCACUAUUUGAACAAGCCCGGUUUAUGGAAUAAUAAUGGGAUUCCAUGGUUUCCCAGUACAUAUGGCCGUUUUCAGCCACUGAAAAUCUGAUUAGACGGGUGAGAUGGUUGAAGACUUUUCUCCCGAUUGGUUGAUUGAUUCAUUGAUUGAUUUGAUUGAUUAAUUUAAUUUACUGAUAAUGAUAUCAAAACGGUCUGCACUGUACAUCCGGAUGUACAUGUACGUUCUGUUUGUUUCCAGCAUGCCGCUAUCGUUACUUGAAAAUAUACCUAUUCCCCCGACCAGCUGAGCUAAACGGUGCAUCUAUCCCCUAGCCAGGUUCCUAGUUCAAUCUGCCGCCUCGAUCAACAACAAAUUAGAUUGUACGAGCCUCCUCCAAAAGCUCUCAGCAGCAACCCAAAUAAUCAAAAGCCGGAUUUAAACUUCGCCGCCUGCUGACAACAUAAGAGGAGUGUAAAUUUUAAAAUGUCGCUGGUCGUCUCAUCGUCCACUACCACACAAGUGCCGUCAGUAGCCAGCUAGUGCGUAAAUCCCGCGAACCACAACUAGAGGUUGUCGAUUCCCAGCAAAUCAAAAAUAAUGAUUGUACUAUGCGUAGAGGACCCUUAAAAUCGAUAAUAUUCUAACCUAGCCCGU